AUGGCGCAUAGGGCAUCCGGCAUGGGGCAUGGUGCGGGCAUGGGGCAUGGUGCGGGCAUGGGGCAUGGUGCGGGCAUGGGGCAUGGUGCGGGCAUGGGGCAUGGUGCGGGCAUGGGGCAUGGUGCGGGCAUGGGGCAUGGUGCGGGCAUGGGGCAUGGUGCGGGCAUGGGGCAUGGUGCAGGCAUAGGGCAUGGUGCGGGCAUGGGGCAUGGUGCGGGCAUGGGGCAUGGUGCGGGCAUGGGGCAUGGUGCGGGCAUGGGGCAUGGUGCAGGCAUGGGGCAUGGUGCGGGCAUGGGAGUGGGUGGAUGGUGCGGGCAUGGGGAGUGGGUGGACGGCGCAGGCAUGGGGGAUGGUGUGGAGUCAGGCAAAGAGAGGCAAGACGGAGAGCAUGCUCGGAGAGGCACGAGCAUGGUCGUUUCACGAGGAAACGACUAG